UUUCUGUCCCCGGAAACAUCCAAAAUAUCUAGAUAUCAUCAACACUGAUUGAGUAACGGGAACAUUUCGUUGUCAAAUUACCACAAUUAAUGAAACAGCAGGAAGCAGGAAGGCUGCUUAUGAAACAACACAGCUAUUUACAAAAAUUGCCUGGUUUGGUGUCUUGCUAACGUAGCUGCCACAGUUAAGUACUUAUAUUACGUGGUGGCAUAUUGGCCGUUGAAUUGCAUUGAUUUGCCGUUUUGUUUCACGCUUGUUGUUAAGCACAUAUCAAGAAGAAGUGACAGUUAAUGAUGGUGGUGGUCGCAUUUACCCUGCUAAGAAUGGAGUGGGUGGAUUAAAGGAGCUAGGAGAGUAUUAUGGAAUGGCCCCAGGACUUUCCUGAAGACCAUGCCUUUGUGGAGCUGCUGAUUCCAAGGGGCUCCGGUGACCUGGACUUUGAAAAGCAUCUAAAACACACAGAGAAGAAACCCAGCAGGGUCGAUGCCCGCAGCAUUAAACAGCAGCUAAAGGACAUCCAGGCCAAAAUGGAAGAUUCCAGAGAAGGGGAGCGAUCACCGACUCCUACGGAGUGCCUGCACUGGUUCAACCUCAGGCUGCAAAACAGUGUCAAACCCGCUACCCCAGGACAUCAAGAUCUUAUGGACUUCUUCAGAGCUCUGCAACAGUACCUAGCGUCUGAAGAAGAGGCGAAAGAAGCAGUGACACUUCAACUACUGCAGAAUUUGACUGCCCAGUGCGGCGUCUGCUUUCCCUGUGCACCCUCGUCUUCCUCCUCAUCGUCCUCUCUGCAGCCUCACCUGACUGCCUCAUCCAUCCACCUGCUGCAUACAGUCAGAGAUGACACCUCAUUGGAGAUUCAGGAGGCGUGGGAUGCCGUACGAUUACAGCUCCGACGCUACCUGAUGCACCGGCUGUCUUCUUGCAGCCAAGAGCAUCCUGCAGCCAGACCAAUUUCCUCUCUGUCCAUCCUCCAACGAGUCCACUGUCUGCAACAGCUGUUCUUUAUUUAUCCUGAGUCCGAGGUCCUCACACAUUACCAGGGCCUAAAACGCCAAUACGUGCUGGAUAUUCUCCACUCAAACCUGUGCUCCAGCCCGGGCGGUGAGACUGGCUUUGACAGACUGGCCAUGAGCUUCUGCAAUGUGGUCCCAGUUCUCAUCCAAGCCCUCAAAGAGGAGCUCCAAGUCCUUUCAAGACUGACAGAACCCCACACAAUCCUUGGUUUUCUUAACGCGGCCUACCUCAGCACCGUGGCCCAAGAGCUGCUCUCCCUCAUGGAGAGAGAAUGUGAGACAGCCCAGAGGGACAACACCCUACUGAGCGGCAAGAUGAGAAAAUAUUCAGCCAAGUCCAGGACGACUGUAGCACCGACGGAGCGUCCCAUGAAAAACAGGAGCUUCAGUUUGACCUCCCACCAGCUGAGGGCGUUAACCCAGCUGGCUUGCACCCUGCUGGGCUUUGAGAACGACGUAAAAGAGCUGAUCGCUAACACGACCUUCAUCACCUGGACAGGAGACACUCCCUGUGUGAAAGGCCUCUUGGAUAAGAGUAAAGACGACGCAGACUUGACAACAGAUGGCAAGAAAUCUGCCACGGAAACACUUCUCCCCACACCAGAGGCGCAGGUUUUGCAGUUUACCUGGAGGUCAGCAUUCAGGGGACUAGUCCCUCACAUGGAGCACUGUGUCAAAGUGGUGUUGGACGACGUUUGUGCCAAGAACCUACUACAAGAAGAGGCCUUGCAUUCUUCUGGACACACCUCUGUGGCGCUGAGCCCCGCCACUGGACGCGCCGCCGUCACUGCCGGCAACACACGUCUCAAAGAAGACUACCUCUACGCCCACUCGGAGAGAGAGACUCCCAAAAUGAUAGCCAAGUUCUGUGGAGCGAUCGUGGAUGAACUGGAUGCCUUACUGCCACUGGCGGCAGCCUGCAGGGAUAGCUCUCUCCUGGGGGUGAGAUCAAGCUUUGUGGAGGCGUGCGGCAGAGCAGCUUUCGCUAUGUUGGGCCGUCUGCAGGAGAGGGCUCUGGAGGUACCGGCGUCUGCACCCAUGAAGAACCUGCCUGCUCUGCUGGCCACUUGCAUUUAUGUGCAACAGCGACUAGAAGACUACAACGCCAGACUGAAGGAUUCAAACAUUACAGCAGCUAAAAUACCCCUGACCCUACUGCCUAUUCAGAAGUUCCGAGAUACAGUGGAGGCGAUGCGGGAACAGCUGACCGGCUACUGUAUCCAGAUUUGUUCUACUUGCAUUUUUCAGGAUGCAGAAAGUCACAACUGGGCUGACCCCAAACCUUUCUAUGAGGGCGAGCGGUGCUCCUUCUCGCUGCAGAUGUGGUUCUACUUCCUGUGUGGGCUUCGUAGCGACAUGUGGGCGGUCCUUCCUGCAGAGCCGGCCAAGGAGGUGCUCGGCCAGGUGCUGUCGGAGACUUUGCAGCAGCUGGUGCAAAGAUACGCCGGGGCCCGCGCUUCAUACAAGCGACACCUGCAAAUCAGAGCUGACAUCACAGCCGUGUUGCUGUAUGUGGACCACCUCAUGUGGAGUGUUUGUGAAAGUCCUGAGGCCUCGGUGCUCUCUGAUCCUUCUACAGCUCUCACCGUCGUAGCAGGUGGCUCGCGCUGGCCGUGGCACAUCCACAACCUGUGUGAGCAACUCCUGACAGUCCUCGUCAUCACCACAGCACCCUUAUCUUUGCUUUAUAGGACAUUUAUGAUUAAUGUGGCGAAGGAAUCCACACCACACCAGCCCAGCAGCUCGGUGCACUGGCGAAAUGCUAUCAACCCUGACCUCUUCACAGAGCAGGACAUACGACACGGCCUUGUGGGCCUGGGAGCCUUGGCAUGUCAGCUGAGGCUGCUGACCUCUGACCCGGGACACAAUCCCAAGUUACUACUGCGAAUGCUGCUGUACGGAGACUGUCACCUGCCCAGAAUACUCCUGGAAAAUUCUCAUUUCUGCCAAGAGAGCGAUUUAGAAGUGUCGACGGAAAAUCGCAAAGCAGGAGAUGACUUCAUUGUCGCGUUGUUCAGCCUUUUCUGUUGCCUCAGUCACGUUCCCGAGGCCCUGACACAGGCCCUACAACCGUACCUGGAGAGAGCACACAUAUGGGAACAUCUCUACUCACUAGCAGACACAACGCAGUCAUUACCUGCAGUGAUCGGCUGUAUCCGAGGAAUAUUCACCAAAUCUACCAACAGCCUCCUGAUCCACCUGGUCUCCAUGGUGCUGGGUUGGCAGGCCACAGCGGAGACCAGUGGAGACUUGUCCAAGAGGAAUUUGCCAGAGAGCGUCCUGGCAAAAAUACCUAAGGAGUGGAACUACGCACCGCCGAAUGCAAGGGGAGGGGACGCCGUCACUAAGACUGUCAUAUCCUUAGCGAUUCAAGCGAUGUCGUUCAUUUUCGCCAACCUGCCCAUGGCCGUAGCAGCCUUGCCUCUCCCCGUCCGCUACCUUUUCCAGGUGGCAGAGAAACACCUCUCGCAGCAUGCCCGGCAGCUGCGCUUAAUGGGCCUGUUGCUCUGGGCCCUGCUGAGCUGCAUGAUCCAGGGCCUGGAGGACCCAGAAACACUAGAACAGAUCAGUGGUCUGACACUGGACAACGGGGCAAAGGACCGUCUGUCCCUGCUGGCGGAGUGCCUUCAGGCUGCCAUGGGCAUUCAGGAAAAGGGUGUACCCAAGCCCACAGUGCACAAAGUGAUGCAGGCUCUGGAGGAAAAAAGUCCCAAGUGGACGAUCAUGCAGCUGCAGAAGGCGCGCAGACUCAGCUUAGACAGUGUGUUUGAGCAAGGAAGGGAGAGAGGAGCCGCUGCAGCUGAACUGACUGAGCAGAAAAUAGGCCUGAUGCUGCUGGAGGUCUGCCACAAAGCAGGUGGCAGCAGCUACCUGAGGCAGAUCUAUCACAUCAUCCAAGGCAAUGAGGAACUGCUGAUGUCUAGACUGAGCGGAAGCACGGACUUGCCAAAUGAUCCCCCUCACUUGGUAAACUUUGACCUCGGCUUGGACGCUCCCUGCUUCAACCCUCUCCACCAGUUUGACCACGUUGGCACGAAGAAGCUGGAUCAGAGUGCCGUGGUCGACUGGGUAUGGGACUGGCCGAGGCUGCUGCCAGCCUAUCGGGGCAUGAGUCAGGUCACCUUCAAAACUCUGCUCGCCAACAGGUGGGAGAUGCAGGAAGACGCGGAGCUGGAAGACGGAGAAAGAGCAAUGGUGGAAGAACUUCAGAGAGCCUUUUCGGUUCGCUGCUGCAGCCCCGGACCGCAGGGCCCCGCUGAAACCGAUGAGACGCUCUCGGAGCAGACCCAGGGGGAAACACAACAACCCGAUAAAAGUGUUGCCCAAUAACAGUCCGCGCAGUUGGGAUUUUUAUCGAGUUGUAAAUGUUUGCUUGUAAUAUGCACUUGGAGCUCUCAAGGUAGCGGAUCCGUGUGCGCGUUUGCACAUUUGUACAUAUUACCGGGGUUGUACGUGUACUGUAUGCUGCGCAUUUGCAUACGUGCGUGCAUAAAAAAACAUGAGAGGGAGGCCAUGAAACAAAAAAGUGUGUGAGAGAUGCUGCAUCUCUGCGCUUUCCUGCGCUGCAUCAAAUGCAUUUCAUCUUUUUGGAGCACAUCUGCAGAAAUCAGUUCUGGGAAAUGGAGAGCCUGGAUUUGUUUGCCUGGGACAAGAUGGGACUGUGUGAUCAUCGUAGGCAGUUGAAGUUCCUUUUUUUUUUUUUCAGACAGUGAGUGUAAAGACAUUUGGUGUCAGCACACUUUCUCCUGGUUCCUGAAAGAAUACAUCAAAUAUUGUAGUUGGGAAGCAAGAUGAUGUAUGUUUUGACUACAGUCUGUCCCAAAAAUCUGCCCAGCUAUGAGACAUCAGGUGGCGUUUUGUGCGAACAGAGGAAACAUUUAUUUUAUGUUUAACAUGAUUGCUCAGUAUAUUUUUCCAAAUGUGUCCAUAUUUUGUUAUUUAUGAGAUGGAGACUGAAUGUUUUAGAAUGACACAUGAAAAUAAAAGCAUGUUCCUACUUCA